CGCCUGGCAAACCUCGUCGCAUAACGGACAUGAACGUCGCAAUGUUCCCCCCACGGUUCUUUUCAGCAUCAACCGGGUUCUUUGCUACUGUACUCUCAAACGUUACGUAUUUAGGUAGCGCUGGCUCGGUCCAGCCAUGGCCUCUCCGUGGCAAGCUGAAGCUUUCGAACAAGCCGCGCCUUCCCCGACCGACAUACUCGUAAACUUCGACAAUGCGCAGGCUAUGGACAUCGAAGACGAUCAGAACUUCGUAUUCAACGAUACGGACUACUCAACGCUCAUCAAUACGACACCAUUCACUUCGUCAGCUUGUUUGGAUGAAGUGCUGCAGGAUCUUGACGACAAUCAGCCCGCGGAGAUCGACAGCGGACAAAUAGUUUCGCCAAACGACACUCUGGCCAUGUCGCUAAACGUGGAGACGGCUCCAAGAUCAUCCUCGGUCCAAACUCCAGUCAGGUCCGAAGCAAAGCGUUGUGAUGAGGGGCAUCUUCAUAGCCCCUGGCCAACUGAAGGAGUCAUUGAGAUUCAGAAGUGUGAGCGAGUGUGUAGCUAUUGCAGUACCCGUCUACAGUUCGCAAACCAGCUGAGAAACCAUGUCAAAAAGGUACAUAUCGGGAGACAAAAGAUGAAUAUUCGCAUCCGAGCCGCUACAAACGGCCGACGGAGAGCUGCGAUCAUAACGUCGCGCACCACGAAUGCGCAGUCCCUCAAACCACAGAACGGCGCAGCUGACUCGCCUCCGCCAACUCUUCCCCAACUCUUCCAGAACGCAGCUAUCGAUCGAGUCGCUACAAGCAGCGAAUCGAGCCCGUCAGGGCAUGCGAGCGCAUCCAACCUCGCCCGAGAUCCACCAUAUAUCACUCCUCAGGAAUUUGGAAACCUACGAAACGCGGUGCUUCAACUGAGCCACGAGAGCAACGCAGUCCGCACUAUCAUCGCAGAGCAACAGCAAGCCCUUGAAGCCGCCGAUCUUUAUAUCAGGAAUGAGAUUUUCUGCUACCACGAGAUCGAGAUGAUGGGGAUCAGGUAUCGAUUCGCCAUGGACGCUUGGAAACGCAGACAGACAGACGCGCUGAUCGCCAUCAGGCGGCAGUGGUUCGAUCACCACAAUAUUCAUUUGUUUUUUAGUCAUAACAUUUUGUGUCUGUUCGGCCUCCAACAAGCAGAAGCUCAAGGACUAUUGAGCGCAGUAGCGCACUUGCCAAGCCACAAUUCAUUCACUCGGAAGGCAACGCGGGACAGGACAGACAAUCGUUCGCAGCGUUUUUCACGCGGUAGUCCUAACUUUUGCUCCCCCGAUCGUCAGUUCGCUUUCAUCUAUAUCGAAGGUAUGGCUUGUCGGGAGGAGGACUGUCUCAGUUGUUCUAGACUCCAAUUCUUCACAGUUCUCUCCAUCUUAGCAUCAUGCGCAAUAUUUCUACCACCUACAUAGCCACAAUACCUAUAAUG